AUGUUGAAUCGCUUCCGUUCGGCGGCGAAUCAGGUGCGUUCCUCGUAUUCGGAGAAGCGCGGCGUGCGCAGACAAAUCUCGGAGUGCGUACACGCACGCGUCGCGGAGGACGCGUACGACGCGGCGCAGUACUUCGUCGAUGACGUCAGAGAUCCCUGGUGUACAGAUGCUUUGGAACGUGAGCGUCUAUCGCAUCAUGCGCAGCUCCGUGAGCUGGUGGUGCGCAGCGAUGCCAGCGGUCUCCGCGAUAAACUGGAUUCCCUGGGUGCAUCUGCAGCUAUUAUUGCCAACCUGACCCCAGGGGGUGCCAAUACUUUGCUUUAUGUAUUACAGAAAAAUAACGUGUAUCUUGACAGAGCAUCGGAGCUAGGCAACUUAGCAGCUGCUUCGGUUCUAGUCGGCGCAGGCGCAGACGGCCGCGCCCAUCCGGUGACGAGGUACGGCCCGCUGUACAUCGCCUGCUACCAUGGCCACUCGGACAUCGCCUCGCUGCUGUUGACACAUUUCCCUGAAGCUGUCCAGCAAGAAACAGUUGAAAAAUGGCUGCCGCUGCAUGCAGCUUGCAUCGGUGGACAUCCAGCCCUUGUGAAGUUGCUCUUGGAGUAUCAGUACCCAUCUCAUCUUCUAACCACUUAUACCGAUCCAAGUGGACAGUUGCAGUACCGCAUGGCGUUUGAUGUAAACGCUCGCGACGCUAGCGGACAGAGCGCUCUAUACGUGGCGUGUACGCUCGGCAACGCCGCCGUCGUCGAUGCGUUGUUGGAGUUCUCUCUGCCCGCUAUUAAACAAGCUCAGUCUCCAUCGAAGGAGAUAAGUCAGUCAGAUGGAAGGGUCCCCUCUAGUCCGCAUAGAAGUGGAAUAUCCUUGGGGAUACACGCUAUAGUCAGUAAACUAACCGGAGGAAAUAAAACGCCGGUAGUCGAUAUGGAGAAGCGUGUACGUCCAGUGCGCACGGACAGUGGGCGUGGUAUGGACACGUGCGUCGCAUGCGCAGCGCGAUUGGGACAUGCGCGCGUCUUGCGACGUUUGCUAGCCGCGGGCGCACGGCCUGACGCAUGCGCUGAGAUGAUAUCGGACGUGGCUCGGGAUACUCGGCGGCGCUCCCGAAGUGCGUCCGUCACGCGCGGUAGGGCUUCGCCCUCGCCAGCACAACCGGCCUAUAACGAUGAUCGAGAAGGCUGGACAGCACUUGCGGUCGCAGCGCGCGCAAGGAACGUCCAAAUAGUAGAGAUGCUGCUAGCAGCCGGUGCGACGGACCCCGGUGGCAAAGCCCUAAGGGAAUGCGCGAGGCACGGUCUAACCGACCUUGUGGCUUCGUUGCUAGCCACAAAGGCAUAUCCAGAUCCAGAGUACAAGCUUAAUAAGUCGGCGAUCUCGGAGGCUGUCAUUGCUGGGAAAGAUGCUGACCCGGCGCUGUCUUUCAGCGCGCGCUGUCCGUCCACGCCUGUCAUGAUUAAUUGGCGGGAGUUGCGCUGUCAACUGGCUAGAUUACGAAUGAGCUGGCUUCGUGCAGCCGCGUCCCGGGUCAAUUCGAAGUUAUGCACUAGUGGUAACGCGUUACUGGCGCUUACCAGGCUGGAAUUAGCAAAUAACGAACUACGGGAGUUACCUAGAGAGUUGUUUUCGCUUAUCAGCUUGAGAUAUUUGAACGCCGCUCAGAACAAACUAGAACGGCUACCGACAUCCACCGACCCGUUCGAAGAAGAGUGCGAGGGGGGAAGAGUGAGAAGGAAGCGAGAGAAGAAGCUCAGCAGUGUGUACACAGCGCCAGUUCUGCAAGAGCUUUAUUUACAGGAUAACCGCCUUGAGGAAUUACCAGCAGAACUCUUCUCUCUUCCUGGUCUCACGAGCCUGGACGUCUCCAAUAACAAACUACGAGCCCUCCCAGCCAAUAUGUGGAGUGCGCCAAGUCUGAGGGAUCUUAACGCUGCCCUGAACCAUCUGAAGGAGUUGCCGAGUGGGGAAGAGGCUAACAGUGAAAGUACCUCGUGUGUGUCAUCUCCGUCGGAUUCCCCACUACCGGGGGCUUCGCCCUCCUCAUACAAUGCCCCAUAUGGAUUUUCACAAACGAAAACUGCGUCACGGAGCCCGUCAAUAGAAAACAGCGAUGCAACUCCUGAUGAUGAAGACGUUCCGGUACUUGGGAACCGAGCUGGUAACGCAGUUUGGUCAGAGGCAAAACGAGCUCACGCCUGGCGUGGGGCGCGUGCCCCGUCUCCCGUCAGGGCCCCAUCUGGUCCCGGGGCUAGCUGCUUGACCUCCUUGAACUUGUCCCACAACCAGUUCUCUUGUGUCCCACCACCGUUGGCAUGUAGAGCCCCAAAUUUGACACGACUUAAUAUGGCUUAUAAUGGACUUAGAUCUAUGUCUUACGUCACGUCUUAUCCAACAAACCUUCGGCAACUGGACUUGAGUCACAACGAAAUUUCCUGCUGGCCCAGUCUACCUCAGGUGGACAGUUUUGGCGAUGGUUCACCUCUGGCGUGCUACUGUCCCAACGGUGGGGGUGGGCGAGCUCGUCCCAGGUCCGGGGGCUCAGUUAGAUCUCAACUCCUUAGCGCGGCCUGUGCUGCAAGGAGGCACUUGAGGCUCGAAGCUUUGAGAACCCUGAUCCUCGCGAAUAACAUGCUCCCGCGCAUUCAGCUGACGACGGAUGACGACGGCCUAGCGACGAGCGCUGAUCACCGGAAUGACGACAAUGAUGACGAAUGGUCGGAAGGCGAAUGCCACCUCAAGCGUCGCCUCCUCUUCCCUCUGCUCUCGAUGCUGGAUGUAUCUUGUAACCUGCUGAAGGCUGUUCCUCCAGCCAUAUACCUGCUCAGCAACUUGGCUGUUCUCAAUCUAAGUGGGAAUAAAGACAUAACGGACCUCCCCCCACAAAUGGGCCUUCUCUCCCGCCUAUGGAACCUAAACACGGUCGGAUGUUGCCUCUCCGAGCCCCUUCGGUCCGUUGUGCGAGGGGGGCGAAGUCGCAGCGUCGAUGUCGUCGGCUUCCUUCGAUCCGUGCUGCAUGAGGCGAAACCCUACGCUCGGAUGAAGCUGAUGAUCGUUGGAGUACAGGGUAUUGGAAAGACCAGUCUGCUAGAAUGCCUCCGCCAGGAGUCUGCCAUACAGCACAGAAGGAAGCCCACAGAUCACUGGGCCAAGCGUAUGGGCAACCGUAGCACGCGCGGCAUGUCCACAGUGGGCGUGGAUAUAGGCUGGUGGGUCUUUGAACCGCAACGCGCUGCUCGCGGACCUGUCACUUUUAGUACUUGGGAUUUUGGAGGGCAACACGAAUAUUAUUCUACCCAUCAAUAUUUCCUGUCUCGCCGGUCCCUGUAUCUGGUGGUGUGGAAGGUUCCAGAUGGAAAGAAGGGCCUGGCUUCAGCACUGCAGUGGCUAAGGUCUAUACAAGCUCGCGCCCCUGGCUCUCCCGUGAUUAUGGUCGGGACACAUUACGAUCAAGUAAUUAAUAGCAAUUUACCAGAGAGCGAAAGCCCCAUGGCCCUUCAGAGACUCAUCCGCGGCAGCGUUAUGGGAGCCCCAGACGCAGAUAAGUUGGGGCUACCGCGGGUGCUAGAUACUAUCGAGGUAUCGUGCAGUACUCGACACAAUAUCAAAUUGUUAGCCGAUAUUAUUUAUUCUGUUGCAUACAGUGUUAAGCCUCCAGGCAGCAAAGAACCGAUGCUGGAACAGCGCGUUCCAGCUACGUACCUAGCACUAGAAGAGUGUGUCAGUGCUUUGUCCACUGAGUUGAAGGAACCUGUUCUAAGACACGAACAGUAUAGACGAUUGGUGACGCAAUAUAUGCAGGCGAAGAAUUUGAAGAUGUUCAGAGACGCUGCGGAACUACACCAAGCGACUAUGUUUCUACACGAGAAUGGUGUCCUCCUCCACUAUGAUGAUGCUACUCUGAAGGAGUUGUACUUCCUUCGUCCGCAGUGGCUCUGCGAUAUCCUUGCCCACGUUGUUACUGUACGCGAAAUAAAUCCAUUUGCUAAUAAUGGUAUCAUGAAAGUGGAGGACCUAGCUCAUGUGUUCAAAGCGUCACCAGCUCUGGGUGGGGGAGAAGAAGCCAGAUCUCUUGGGAUGUCGUUGCUGAACAAGUUCGAAUUGGCGCUCUGCUGGGACGGGCGCGCGUUGCUUGUACCACCAUUACUCCCCGCUACGGAACCAGCGCAGCCGCAGCCGCAGCUCGCCCUAAAACUACGCACGUGGCCCGGAACGCCGCGCAGAAUGUUCUCGAACACGUUGUCUACCUGCGACGAGAUAAGAAAUUCAGAAGCCCCACUCACUCAGGACUGCGGUUGGGGGAUAUCUCUGACUUGCCGAGACAGUGGCAGAUCACUUCGUCGGAUCCUGCUGAUGUCUUACGUUCCUUGUGGCUUCUGGGCAAGACUGUGCGCGAGGCUCCUUGCUGACAGCGCUCUGGGGGGCACAGCCCCCGACCUGUACAAGAUACCGCAGGAGAUCGAACCAGACGACAACCUAUCGAAAGCCCUGGAACUCAACUGGUCGUGGAAGGUGUGGAAGACGGGUGUCAAGCUGGUCUGCGGUCAGCUGACUUUAUUGUCUUUGAGGGAAAUAUCACCCACGCGGGACCCGUUGCUGGGAAGCUUGGCUGAUGAUGUCGAUACUGAGGAGGUUUAUCAUCACAUGAGGUUUCGCGUCCGUCAAGAGGGUGUCUGGUGUGAGUUGGAUAUGCAAACAUCGGCGUGUAUAGAAAUCCUUUUGCCGGCUCAAGCGUGUGUUGCAAAGCGGAAGGACGGACUGCCUCUGGCUGGAUACCAGAGUAUAACUUUGGAACCCAAUCCAGCAGUUCUAGCCAGAGUGUUGGCGUUAGUCUCCGAUCUUCUGGAUUUGCUGCUAGAAGAUUGGUACCCAUCGCUCGGUACCCGCUUCGUACACACUUCUGAAGGUCGCUGUCUGAUAACGAGGGUCGUGCCCUGCCCCGCUUGCUUGCGUGAUGCUACCCUCUUGCAGAAUAACAUCCCACCACACUUGGUACUACCACAUGCUGAUAUGCACGAGAAUAACUUGGCUCAGGCACUGAAACGACUAGAACUGGGUAACAACGAGCCAAGAAGGCUUCGCCUAUCCGAAGAAUCCAGGGCUUCGGACAGGGACAGUGGAGUUGGGAACGAAUCUGUUUCCUCAUCUCGCCUGGGUUCCGUGGAAGGUGUACAGCGUAGUUCGAUAGUGGGUGAAUGCUGGACACUGGAGGAAUGUAUCCUGGCCGGAUGUACUGGCAAACGGCUGGUCUGCCAACACCAUGCGGACAUUGAAUUGGCGGAUGUCGCACCAGAUGUGCUUCUUCUCGAUGUGGAAGAUGCGAAACGCGCUCGCUGGGAGCACAUAACACUGGGGAACGUGGUGGGUCGUGGGGCGUUUGGUACCGUGGUGGCCGGUACGUGGAAACCGCCUGGGUCAGAGCCGAAGAGGGUCGCGCUUAAAGCGUUACAACCUGUGCCGGCGCAACCCCACUCUAUACCAGCUCUUACUGCUUAUAAGGCGGCGGUGUCUCGUUGGGAGCGGGAACCGCUGGCUGCUGCUUGUCGAGCAUACUGCGGCCUACGCCAAGAGCUGGGCAUCUUAAGCCGUCUGCGGCAUCCACACGUUCUUCCGCUGCUGGCCGCUUGUCCAGCACCGUUGGCUCUGCUUCUGGCGAUCGCUCCACAGGGUUCCUUAGAAAAUACCCUGCGUGGCUACCGUGGUUGUGGGGCUCGAGUGGGCGCGAGGGCUGCGCGCGCGCUGACGCUACAACUUGCGCGAGCGCUUGAAUAUUUACACGCGCAUCGGGUGCUAUAUAGAGAUUUAAAGUCUGAGAACGUACUUGUCUGGUCGUUCCCCGCACCAGCCGAGGCUCGGGUCUCUGAAAAUAGCCCGGAUCCUAUAGAAGUUCACGUCAAACUGGGAGAUUACGGUAUAUCUAGACUAGCUCCACCUUCCGGCACCAAGGGAUUUGGUGGUACUGAAGGCUUUAUGGCGCCAGAAAUAAUGAGGUACAAUGGUGAGGAGGAGUAUACUGAAAAGGUUGACUGUUUCUCCUUCGGUAUGCUAUUGUACGAAAUAUUCACGCUGCGGCAGCCAUUUGAAGGUCACGAGGCAGUCAAGGAGGCAGUGCUGGAAGGGGCCAGACCCCCUCUGUCACCCAGGGACCUGCAAUACCCGUGCAGCAUGCUGGAGACGAUGCGCCGCUGCUGGAGCGGGGCUCCAGAAUUGAGGCCGUCCGCUGCAGCACUGGUUGCUGUUGCAGCUGCGCCGGAGUUCCUCUCGCUGCGCGAUGCAGCCGUUAUAAGGCAAGCGAGAGCAGCUGCUGCAACGCCUCUGAGUCAUAUCAACGACGAAAAUUCCGAAGGUUGGGAGAUCUGGUAUGGUGGCGCAGAACCGGAGCGUGCGCAUACACUAAUCACCUCGUCUACCACCUUCCAUCAUCACCAUUCGCUGACUGUACCACCAGAUAAAACCGAUCCAGUUAUAGUGACGGCGAUGUGUCGCGUCGGUCACACGAUGUGGCUAGGAGACUCAGUCGGCCGAGUGUCUGUGUACUCGAUAUCAGAUUGUGGUCUUCAGUGGAGUGUGAAGGUUUGCGACACAGUCGGAGGGAGUGGAUCCAGCGUGGCGGCCCUAUGUUCUCUUGAGUCUUUGAGAAGGGUUGCGCUUGCGCUGUCGUGUGGCAGAUUAUUUUUGGUCUCCUGCGAACGUCCUCGAGCCGAAAGCACGUUUGUUCUCACCGAAUUGGGUACAGCCACCGAGCUCAACUGCCUCACAGCUGUGCAUACCGACAAUGGUCUGGAAGUAUGGGCGGGUGGUGAAGGCCUAUACACGUACACGCUAACGGAAGAGGGGGUGAGCGCUGCUGAGAGCCUACCUCCCCCCGCGCGACCCUCUCGCCUCGGUCACCUGGCUGCUUCGUGCCACGCUCCCACUGUUAUUGCCGCUUGUAAAAACGACGUCUACGUGUACGCGUACUCCGCGACGACGCACGCGCAGAGCGCACGACUCGACUGCAGUAAGCUCGCGCCGAGUUCAGAGAGUCUCCAGUCCAUCGCUAGUGAUGAUCCAUUGGCUGAAGAUCGAUGUCGGAUUACGUCGCUCUGCGUGUGCGGAACGGAAGCGUACGUGGGUACGCUAUGGGGUUGUGUGGUAGUCGCUGAUGCAGCAACGCUGCGGCCUCUGGCGGUCUGUCGGCCUCAUGAAGGAGAGGUGAGAUCUAUAUUAGCACUUCCCCCGCAUGGAAACGUCAACUAUCCAAUGUUGGCAACACUGGGCGACGGAUAUCGGCCAUUGUUGAACAGAUAUGCGCCGUCGCAGUCUGGCAACACAGCUACAGCGCUAAGCGGGUAUUACUGCCUGCUAUGGCGGACACAGCACUGGCUUCCAGAUUAA